UUAUCGUUCUUCGAACAACCUUGAGAGACUUUGGCAGCCGUAUCUUCUUCACGUGUGCUUUUGCGGUUCUUUCAUCAUGAGGCCAGUGCUCUGUCUAUCCCUCGGUUGGGACGCAAAUGGUCCGAAUAGGGGCUACGUCUCUACAUAUUGCAGUUGAACGCAAUGUCCAUAGUUAGGCAGCCUGCCUUAAUUACUGUCAUAUAACCAUACAACUAGAGAAGUUCUCCUUGAAGUCGUUUCAUUCAAUCAGAACUCUAUGGCUGAGAUCCCUAACAAUAUUGCAAAUGCUGCAGCUUCCGGGAGAGUCCCCAAGGGGAUAGAUCUAUCUUACUUGGCCCAGGAAAGAAAUGAACCUACCAUAAUUGCAACUCUGUUCGUCUUUUCACUUACCACGUUUGUCAUCAUACUACGAUGCUAUGCACGUCGUUGUAUCCUGAAGAAGUUUGGAUUAGAUGAUGCCAUUGCAGUAGCUACGAUGCCUUUCUAUCUUGUUUUCAUCGUUCUCGGCAUAACAGUGAUGAGGAUAGGGGGUGGCAGACAUUACGACUACAUUGCAUAUGUGAUGUCUCUCUCUGAUGUUGCGAAGUCAGAGAAACUCGAUUUUGUCGCCCACAUGCUCUAUGUUACCGCUUUAUUCGUCUGCCGGUUAUCAGGUCUGGCAUUCUAUCUGCGACUCGUGGGACGUCAUCCUCGGAUCCAGCUUUUCAUUCACUGUGCUACAGCGUUCAUAGUCGCUGGUUAUUUGGCCCAGUUCUUUCUACUAUUAUUACAUUGUAGACCUAUUACAGGUCUGUGGCCAUAUCCAUUCCAAGUCUCCAGUGCUGGGUUGCGUGAAAUCUGUCUGCCCUGGGGAACUGUCUAUGGUGUCAUUGCAGGGAUCUCUCUCGGUUGUGAUAUUGCUAUGCUCGGUAUACCAGCCACCCUCAUAGCGCGGCUUCACGCGAGUAGGAAGAGGAAGAUACAGCUUUCCUUUGUGCUUUUCCCUGGCAUUCUAGUCGUCGUUCUUUCCUUCGUCCGAAUAUGGCUCACUUUUGAAGGAAAUACAGACGACGGCAGUUGGUUCUACUGUCCCAUGAUAGUUGUUGAGAGUUCUGAGCUCGGUGGGACCUUGAUUGCUUUAUCGAUACCUGCGCUGAAGCCGCUCGUUAGCAAUUGGUACACACGCUCCCACCAGUCCAGACAGGGCUUUAGUCUAAGAUACUCAAGAAUAUGGCAGGGCAACAGGUUGAAGUCCGCUGCGGGUCAUACAAAAUAUGAGAUGGACAGGCCGAUGGCGAAGAAAGACCUAAACGUGUCCCAUGACGGAGGUAAUCCACAUUUCAAGGGGACAUCUGCUGUUGGACGGCCCCUAGCGCCAGAUCCGUAUCUCAGUAAUCACGCUUGGGAGAUUGAGGGAAGAGAAUGGUAUCACACACAUGGAACGUCAGGACCUGCAGAAUAAUCGGCGGAAGAGGGAAACACGUGCCUUUUUCAAUUCGUCGCUUCAGCUUUCGAUCAUACACCCGAAUUUCAGACUGAAAUCGUACGCACGGUCGGAUAGAUUAAUGACCAUGACGGUCUGAUGCCUAUUCUCCUGCUUGUGAUUCAGUAUGCAACUUGAGCUCGUAGUAGAAAGUGACAACUGAAUGCGAUGGUGCACUAGGAUAUGAAUAGCUGCUCCAGCCCCUGUACAAGUGUUUCCACUUCGAGACUGGAUGUCCCGUCGGGUGAGUCGCGGAGAUAGGAUGG